CUGCACGAUUGACGUAGCUACUCGUUGUACUAACUCAUCGCUGCUGGUAUCUGUCUAUCUCCAGUCUUGCUGAACACGAACGUGAAUGUCCUCAACCGCACAACGACCGAGUGAACAACACAUCCCGCAAGAAAGCCCCCGACUCUCUCAUCUCUCCGCACUUCAUUCCCCCGCAGCGGACCCUCGUUAUUGCCGUUCGUUGAUCACGUUGCUUGAUGACCCCCCGUCACGACUCGCGUCACGUUCUUUGUAGUUACACCUUGAUUUAAACCAUAACCCACCUCCUUCAUCUCAAAGGCAAAAAAGCUCCCAAGCUUCCUCGAUCGUUAUCCUCUAUCUUGUCUCGGCGUGCGCCUGCUCGCCUGGUCCCUCCCACCACCACGCACCAUGGAUCCCUCCAUCCAGCGAAGUCUGAACGACAAGCUCUACGACCGUCGCAAGCUCGGUGCUCUCGACCUCGAAAAGACAGUACGCGAGUGUCUCGCCCACGGCGACCAUGGCAAGGUGCACACCAUCAUCGAGCAGCUGUGCCACGACUAUGCAUACGCCGUCCAUCAGCCCCAUGCCCGCAACGGCGGAUUGAUCGGGUUGGCGGCGGCUUCGAUAGCCUUGGGUUCGGAAGUCGCGAGAUAUCUCGAUCAGAUCGUGCCGCCGGUUCUGGCGUGUUUCGCCGAUCAGGACGCUCGUGUCAGGUACUACGCUUGCGAGAGUAUGUACAACAUCGCCAAAGUGGCCAAGGGAGAGAUAUUGCCGUUUUUCAACGAGGUGUUCGAUGCACUGUCGAAGCUGGCAGCGGACCCUGAGCUUUCGGUAAAGAACGGCGCGGAGCUGUUGGAUCGGUUGGUGAAGGAUAUCGUCGCCGAGUCGGCGGCUUCAUACAUCUCGGUCCUUCAGGCAAGUUCGCCAGAGGAGAGCCUUGUAGAGACGGAACAAGACGACAAUUCGCCCACGUACGCGGACGAUGAGGCGUUCCCCACAGCAUUCUCGCUACCACGGUUUAUUCCACUCCUUAAGGAGCGCAUUCACGUUAUCAAUCCGUUCACUCGGAUAUUCUUGGUAUCUUGGAUAACGCUGCUCGACUCGAUCCCCGACCUCGAGCUCGUCACACACCUUCCCGCAUUCCUGGGCGGUCUCUUCAGGUUCCUUAGCGAUCCGAAUCAGGACGUGCAUGUGGCUACCCAGCAGGCGUUGGAGGGCUUCCUGGCGGAGAUCAAAAGGAUAGCGCGGGUGAAACGUGGGGUCGAGGAGUCGCGAAAGAACCGAGCCCAAGGACAUUCGAGGACUUUGAGCGAUGACGGCAGUACAUGCACGGAUGAGGCACUCCGACAAACAGAGAAGUUGAGCCUCGAGGAUGACCGCUCCAAUACGGCAACUCCGAUGGAUGAGAAGGAAGAUGGCGCGGACGGAAGCUGGAUCCCUGGUCAGGAUGUGGAAGUGGAUCACCACAAGAUCCUAGAGAUCCUGGUCCCGCUUCUGGACGCACUGGAGGAAGAAAUCCAAUUGACCGCGUUGCGAUGGGUGGACAACUUCUUUGAUAUCUGUCCGGAGGAUCUUCUACCGUUCGUCCCACGGUUGUUGUCACAUGUGUUGCCGGCCAUCGCCCAUCCCACGGAACUGGUCCGACAUGCGGCGACGAAAGUCAACACCUCGUUGCUAAACCUGAUAUUAUCACUCGCAGAAGACUCGCCAUCGCAAGCAGCGCCAGCAGCCAUACCAACGUUAACGAGACUCGCCAACAAAGAAGCUGCCAGUGAACAGCAGCAGCAACGAAGGGAUUCGCAUCCACGGCAAUCGCUGUCCAAGGAGGCUGAUCUGGGCCGUAGAACGCCCACGAUUUCGACACCUACACCGGGCACGGCAACGCCGCCAAUCACGAAGGCUGGGGAGUUGGAUUACGCGGCAACGGUGAGCGCGUUGACGCUGCAGUUCCUCAACGAGCACGAACAGACCCGAGUCGUCGCCCUAGAAUGGCUGCUAAUGCUUCAUCGUAAAGCACCCCGGAAGAUGCUGGCUAUCAACGAUGGCACAUUCCCUGCCCUUCUGAAAACGCUGUCGGAUCCUUCGGAACAGGUUGUGACGAGAGAUUUGCAACUGCUGUCGCAGAUCUCUCACAACAGCGAAGACGACUAUUUCGCGUCCUUCAUGCAUAGUUUGCUGUCGCUGUUCUCCACAGAUCGGCGACUACUCGAGACCCGGGGAAACCUCAUCAUCCGACACCUCUGUGUGAACCUCAAUCCGGAACGCAUAUACCGCACGCUGGCGGACAUCCUAGAGAAGGACGAGGACGUGGAAUUUGCCUCGAUAAUGGUGCAAAACCUGAACAAUAACCUCAUCACCGCGCCAGAGCUGGCCGAACUCCGGAAACGCCUGAGGAGUCUCGACACCAAAGACGGACAGACCUUCUUCGUGACGCUGUUCCGUUCGUGGUGCCAUAACGCCGUGGCAGCCUUCUCCCUCUGCCUCCUCGCUCAAGCCUACGAGCAAGCCUCAAACCUGCUGCACACCUUCGCCGAGCUCGAAAUCACCGUCAACCUGCUGAUCCAAGUCGACAAGCUCGUGCACCUGUUGGAGUCUCCCGUCUUCACCUACCUCCGCCUGCAGCUCCUCGAACCCGACAAAUAUCCCUACCUCUACAAAUGUCUCUACGGCCUCCUCAUGCUCCUUCCGCAGUCCUCGGCCUUCGGCACCCUAAAGAACCGCCUCAACAGCGUGUCGGCAAUCGGCUACCUCAACGGCCCGCCGCGCGCGCCCGCCCCCUCAACAACACCUUACGAGCGCCCCACGCGCCUCAAGGGCCGCGCCGACGACAUCAAAUGGAUGGAGCUCCUAGAGAAAUUCAAGGCGGUGCAGCAGCGGCAGCAAGCGCAGUACAGCAUCAAGGGCAGCAACAACAGCAACGUUUCCCUCGCGAACAGCGCCAGCACCGCCGCUGGCUCCCUCGUUGGCAUUAGUCGCUUGGCUGCUGGAAGGAGGGUUCGGAGGUAGAGCCUGCGGGGUCUCCAUCCGCCGUUGUUUUCGGCUGCUGUCUGCAAAGCGAAGGAGGAGGGGGAGGGGGAGGGGUAGGGGUAGGCGGGGGAGUAGGGGUUAUGUUGAUGACGGAGAGAUUAUUUUUACUUU